AUGGCGAUGGUUGGAGAGCAGUGGGUGUUGGUGGAAAUGGUGCAGGCAUUGUAUGAGGCUCCUGCCUACCACCUUAUUUUGGAAGGAAUUCUGAUUCUCUGGAUAAUCAGACUACUUUUCUCCAAAACAUAUAAAUUACAAGAACGAUCUGACCUCACAGCCAAGGAAAAGGAAGAAUUAAUUGAAGAGUGGCAGCCAGAACCUCUUGUUCCUCCUUUUUCAAAAGACCAUCCUGCUCUUAACUACAACAUUGUUUCAGGUCCUCCAGGCCACAAAAUUGUGGUGAAUGGAAAGGAGUGUAUAAACUUUGCAUCAUUUAAUUUUCUUGGCCUCUUGGAUAAUUCUAGAGUAAAGGAGGCAGCCUUAGCAUCUCUAAAAAAAUAUGGUGUUGGGACUUGUGGACCUAGAGGAUUUUAUGGCACAUUUGAUGUUCAUUUGGAAUUGGAAGAACGUCUGGCAAAGUUUAUGAAGACUGAGGAAGCUAUUAUUUACUCAUAUGGAUUUGCCACAAUUGCCAGUGCUAUUCCAGCUUAUUCAAAAAGGGGGGAUAUUGUAUUUGUAGAUAAAGCUGCCUGCUUUGCUAUUCAGAAGGGAUUACAGGCAUCUCGUAGUGACAUUAAAUUAUUUGAGCAUAAUGACAUGGAAGACUUGGAGUAUUUACUAAAAGAACAAGAGAUUGAAGACCAAAAGAAUCCUCGUAAAGCACGUGUGACUCGAAGGUUUAUUGUAGUAGAAGGAUUGUAUAUGAAUACAGGAUCUAUUUGUCCACUUCCAGAAUUGGUUAAGUUAAAAUAUAAGUACAAAGCAAGAAUUUUUUUGGAGGAGAGCCUUUCAUUUGGAGUUCUAGGAGAACAUGGUCGAGGAGUCACUGAACAUUUUGGGAUAAAUAUUGAUGACAUUGAUCUUAUCAGUGCUAACAUGGAGAAUUCACUUGCUUCUAUUGGAGGAUUUUGCUGUGGCAGAUCUUUUGUAAUUGACCACCAGCGACUUUCUGGUCAAGGAUACUGCUUUUCAGCCUCUCUACCUCCCUUAUUAGCUGCAGCUGCUAUUGAGGCCCUCAACAUCAUGGAAGAGAAUCCAGAUAUUUUUCAGGUAUUGAAAAUGAAGUGCAGACAAAUUCAUAAAGCCUUACAAGGGACUUAUGGAUUAAGAGUGGUGGGUGAGUCAUUUUCACCAGCAUUUCACCUACAACUAGAAGAGAGCACAGGAUCUCGAGAGAAUGAUAUAAAGUUACUCCAGAGAAUAGUAGAUCAAUGCAUGAACAGAAAUAUUGCAUUAACUCAGGCACACUACUUGGAAAAAGAAGAAAAAAGCCUUCCUCCUCCUAGUAUUAGAAUUGUGGUGACAGUAGAACAGACUGAAAAAGAACUAGAAAAGGCUGCCUCUACAAUCAAGGAAGCUGCACAGUCCAUCCUGAAUUAGACAUCAUCAGUGGAUUUAAUAUGUUCCAAGAAGAUGCAUUAUCAGUCUGUGGUGUGCGGACAUUUCCUAGAAGUCAAACUGUGGGAUAUCCUUUGAAAAAUAAACUCACGGUUGUUUACACAAAUCAUUUCAUAGUGGUAUAGGCAAAAAGUAUGAAUGUAAAAAGAAUGGUUUAACACACACGUGUGCAUGCAUGCAUACACAAACACACCACUCUUUCCAAUAAAUACCAAGAACAGAAUUGUCAGAGAAAAACUAAACAUAUAUGAGCAAAAUUUGAACUGUAUUGUUUAGUACUAUUUAAGUGGGGAUUUUCAUUAUACUAGUAUUUUUAAUAUUCAUUUUCCAUUUUAAAAUAUGUCUUAAAUAUAUUUCCUUCUGAAAUUGAAAGUUCUAUAAGCACUCUUUAGUCCCUAAGAUUCCGUAUAAAAAUAACUUUGUGAAACUUUGAAACAGUUCUGCAUAAAUGAAACAUAUUGAAUAUGUAUUUCAACUCCACUUUUUAAAAGUUCUCCUUAAUCUAGCUAAAUGACAGCUAAUAUAUUAAGGAAACUACUUUUUGCUAUUACUAUAAACUUUUCAUUUUAAUAUAAUGUGCUCUAAAAUUUUUUGUUACACACUAAAAUAUAUUGAUGUUUAAGCAUCUCUUAAUAGAGAAACUUUUCUUACCCUGUCCAUGUUGUUUGUGCUUGCUUUCUAAGGUGGGAAUAAUUUUAAAUCAGUUUGUUUAAUCUAGCUUUACCAGUAUCAUGUGUUGACUUCUGAUCUAUUUUGGGUAGAAGGUUAAUUGUAAUUGUUCAAAAAUUUAAAUUAUGGCCUUUAUAUGGUUUAAGAUAUUUUUUAUGUAUAUUUUUUGGUACAAUGGGUUCAUAUAGGGAGAUAUCAGUUGUAGAUUUUCUGUCUUAAGGAAACACAAGAUUGUUUUCCCUACUGCUUUUAUGAUAUCUAAAAUCCAUACAGAUAAUGAAGAAGAUAAAAAUUUUAAGCUCCAUUUUAAUUGUUUUCCCUUUGACAAAAUCAAAACAAUUCUGUCAUUGUUUGCAGUAAAUGCAAAUAAUGAGUAAACAUAUUGAUCAUUUCCUCCCUCAUCAGUGGUGAUGAGUAAAAAUUGGUCAUUUUGAUAAUUUGCUAUAUUAAUAUAUGAAUUAUAAUAUUGUUCAUGUCAAAUUAUGUUGAAAAUGCUUUGAGUUUUUCAUAAGAUGUUUCAGUGGUGGGUGGUUACUGCUUCAAUUACAGUACUCUAGUGGGAAUGGACCUUUUAAAAAAAUAAAAUUAAACAUUUUCCUAA